CUUCCCUAGCAGUCUAGCAGCAACAGGUCCCUUGUGCACACGCACGGCCAGCGCCUCGCCGAUGCUUUCGCGAACCCAAAUCAGUGACGCCGACGGCACGACCGCCGGAGGUCGCCGCCACUACAACUGCGCUCCGCGCUGCCAUAUAACUGAACAAGUUAACCGAGCCUCACCUUUUCACAGCACGACAUGCCUUGCUGCCGCACCCCGUCGAGCCGUCAAACACCCACGCUGACGACCGCCGCCGCCGCCGCCGCCCACCCAAAUCUCCCGCCGAGCCCCGCCCGCUGCCAGCAAUGGAGGCCCGCCUCCUCAAGACCCGACCGCUCCACGCCAUCUUCUCAGACGCCACCAUCUCCCGCGCCGCACGCAACCUGUUCGACGCGGUGCCGCGCCCGAUCCAGGCGCUCUGCAGCACCUUCCUCUCCGCGCUCUCCAGGAGCUCCUCCCACCAGGAGCUCCUCCAAGCCUUCUCGUCGAUUCAUCGCAAGGGCGCUGACGUCCCGUCCGGCUGCAUCCCCCUUGUUUUCAAGUCGUGCGCGCUCACCGCAUCGUCCUGCCAGGGCAGGCAGGUGCACUCCCAUGCUCUUGUCCGUGGGCUGCUUAGGGAUGUCUUUGUGCUGACAGCUCUGGUGGAUUUCUAUGCCAAGAACGGAGACAUGGAGUCCGCUGUCAGUGUCUUUGAAGAGAUGCCGGUCAAGGAUCCGAUACCGAUAAACUGUUUGAUCACCGGAUAUUCAAAGUCUGGUGAUGUGGAUAAGGCCAGGAAGCUAUUUGACGGUAUGGAGAGGCGGACAUCCGCUUCGUGGAAUUCAAUGAUCGCCUGUUAUGCUCAUGGUGGGGAAUUCCGGGAAGCAUUGACGUUGUUUGAUCGGAUGCUGAGUGAGGGUGCAAGACCAAACGCUAUCACCAUUACAUCGGUAUUUUCGAUAUGCGCCAAGUCUGGUGAUCUUGAUACUGGCAAGCGCGUAAGGGCUCUGAUCGGUGAGGAGGAAUUGCAGAACGUGAUAGUGCACACUGCUUUGAUGGAAAUGUAUGUAAAGUGUCAUGCUAUCGACGAUGCACGUCGGGAGUUUGACUGGAUGUCGCAGAGAGAUGUCGUGGCAUGGAGCACCAUGAUUGCAGGUUAUGCGCAGAAUGGCAGGCCACUCGAAUCUCUAGAACUGUUUGAGAGGAUGAAGGAAACCGAUUGCAGACCAAAUGAAGUGACACUUGUUGGUGUGCUAUCCGCGUGUGCGCAGUUGGGUUCUGAUGAAUUGGUUGAGCAGAUUGGGAACUAUGCUGAGAACCAGAGGUUACCACUUACGAGUUACCUAGGAUCUGCCCUAAUUGACAUGUACACCAGGUGCGGGCAUGUUGGAAGAGCCUGGAGUGUCUUCAGCCGGAUGGAACAAAAGGGGGUUAUCACUUGGAACUCCAUGAUCAGAGGCCUAGCAAUGAAUGGCUUUGCAGAAGAUGCAAUCAGCUUGUAUGAAAAAAUGGUGGAAAACGGGGUCCAGCCCAACGAGAUCACCUUCGUUGCGCUGCUAGCAGCGUGCACGCAUGCUGGUUUGGUAGACCAAGGUAUGGCAUUCUUCGAAGAGAUGAAGAGAGAACACCAUGUUUCCCCUCAAGUGGAGCACUGCGCAUGCAUAGUGGACCUCCUGUGCAAAUCCGGCAAACUGUGGGAGGCGUACAAGUUUAUCUGCGACAUGGAAGUCAAACCAAACGCGGUGAUCUGGACCACACUGCUCAGCUCCUGCAGAGUCCAUGCCGAUGUCGAGCUCGCCAAGCUUGCCGCGAGCAAGCUCCUGGAAAUGGAGCCCGACAACUCCUCAAUCUACGUCCUCCUGUCCAAUAUAUAUGCCGAUGCCGGCCUCUGGGGCGAUGUGAGGGAGAUCAGGGACCUGAUGAGGAGUAAGAACGUGCAGAAGCUGUCUGCCUACAGUUGGAUAAAGCUGGAUGGUGAGGUGCACAAGUUCCUGGUGCAAGACACAUACCACCCGAGAUCAGCUGAGAUUUAUGACGUCGUCCACGGCUUGGGGUUGCUCUUGGACCGAGCCGACUCUGAUCCCGACCUGCUAGUUUCAGAGUUCUGUUGAACUUUUAUUUUUGACAGCUGAGAGCUCUGUUUUUGGAAGAAACACAAAGCAUUCCAUUCAUUGGGCGAGCUGCACUCGCCAGCAGACAAAUUCUUUUACAUAUAUUGGAAAGGUAUCAAAGCCAAAUCUGAUAGAUUCUUGACUCCAUAAGUAGCUAAACAAUGUUGCAGAAAUAUUACAAAGCCGUGAGCAAGCUUCUACCUUAAACAACUGAAAAGCUGAUUGCAACACAUCUCUUUUUUCUGACAGAGAUUGCAUCAUAUGCAGUUGGAGUGAGUAUAUGAUCUCAUAUGCAGUCCUAUCGCUUCUCUUUGAUUAGCUCUGUUUCUUUCAAACCACAAUAUACUACAAAAGAAUAUAGACUUUCAGA